CAAGAAACUUCGAAGCUCCGAAGCCGAUUUGCUUGUCAUGCUCAACCCUGGCAUUGGGACGGAUUUUCAGCCAUGGGAACAGACGCUAAACAACGUUUUAGAGCUGAGAAAUCGCAGUUCACGUCCUGCGCCAUUUCUUUGCACAGCCUUUGACGAACAAGAUCAAGAAAGAGACUUGGCUACCUUGCAGCGACUAGGGUUUCCCUCAGCCAUGCGGAUCCAGCCAAUGGAUAAUCCUUUCGCAUCUUGUUUGUUAGAACGGAGUCAGAAUGACUCAAACAGGAUAAUACGUUGCAACGCAAGGUGGAUGGCAUUUUGAAGGGUAAGAAUCGAGAUCUGGGCGAACAAGCAGGACCGUGUCGAUGUUUCGUAGAGAAGUAGAUCCUCACUUAGACUAGAACUUUCGAGUCAUGCCAUCAUCUCUGCAUGACCUUAUGCAUACAUCAGAUGAAGUAUCG